GCCACCCCUGCCUUGGAGCGGGCACGGCGAAUGGAGUGUUCCUAGGCCUCGGCUUCCGCAGGCGCAGGAGGUUGGACUUGCCGCUGCCCUUGGUCGUGGGGUCGUUGCUGCCACCGAGACCGCAGUCAGGAUGAAUUUGAUUCAGAUUGUGCGUGACCACUGGGUACAUGUACUUGUCCCUAUGGGAUUUGUCCUUGGAUGUUAUCUAGACAGAAAGAAUGAUGAAAAGCUAACUGCCUUCCGGAACAAGAGUAUGUUAUUUAAAAGGGAAUUGAGACCCAAUGAAGAAGUCACCUGGAAGUAAAGGAGUAAAGGCUGUGGCUGAAUUACAGAAUGUUCACAGUUUUUUAAAUUGAGAAAAA